GUUAUUGAGCUUCCUGUUAAACACCCUGAAUUGUUUGAAGCACUUGGAAUAGCUCAACCUAAGGGAGUUUUGUUAUAUGGUCCUCCUGGAACAGGAAAAACAUUGUUAGCCCGAGCUGUUGCUCACCAUACUGAAUGUACUUUUAUAAGAGUUUCUGGUUCAGAAUUAGUGCAAAAAUUUAUAGGUGAAGGCUCAAGAAUGGUUAGAGAACUCUUCGUUCUGGCCAGAGAACAUGCACCCUCCAUCAUUUUUAUGGAUGAAAUUGAUUCGAUAGGAUCUUCUCGUAUUGAGUCUGGUGGAUCAGGUGGAGGCGAUAGUGAAGUACAGCGUACUAUGUUGGAAUUACUUAAUCAACUUGAUGGUUUUGAACCAACUCAAAAUAUAAAAGUUAUAAUGGCCACAAAUCGCAUAGACAUAUUAGAUGUUGCUUUACUGAGACCUGGUCGUAUUGAUAGAAAGAUUGAAUUUCCAGCACCUACUGAAGAUGCACGGGCAGAUAUCUUACGUAUUCAUUCGCGUAAAAUGAAUUUAACUCGAGGAAUUAAUUUAAAGAAGAUUGCUGAGACUAUGCCUGGUGCCUCUGGCGCUGAAAUUAAGGGAGUUUGUACAGAGGCUGGAAUGUAUGCGCUCAGAGAAAGAAGAGUACAUGUUACCCAAGAAGACUUUGAAAUGGCUGUUGCUAAGGUUAUGCAAAAAGAUUCCGAAAAGAAUAUGUCGGUUAAGAAGUUAUGGAAAUAGAUGACAUUCGUGGAAGAAAAAAACUGCAUAGUGUUGCGAGUUCGCAAAAAUAUUUUAAGUUAAUUGUUGAGUGUUUUAAUUUAUAAUCUAUUCUUAAAACUUA